CCACCCCGGGAGCCGCGGGUGUCCGUGGGUCCUCGGUCCCGGCCGGGCGUUGAAGGGUCCGGCCUGCCGGGUUCCACACGGGAACCGGUCCCGCGCCCUGGCCGGCUCCGCCCAACCCCCCCCCUCGUCUAGACAGUCUGGUGUCACCUAGCCACAGUCGAGUUCACACAGCCCAGAGCGCCUCCUCCACUCCCCCCGCCCGCCGAGCGUGACGUCACGUCGGGGCGGGGCCUACGGAGGCUGCGGAGAGGGAAAGGGCUGCGCGUCCUUGCAGCGCCCCGCAGCGGCCGCGGCGGGAAGCGGCCUCGUCGGCCCUGCGGCGCCAGAGCCCUGACGCACGGAGCUGUGGAGAGAGAGAGAGAGAGAGAGAGAGAGGGAGAGCGAGCGAGCGAGAGCGAGAGAGAAAGGGGCAGACAUGGCGGCUCCGCUCGGCUCCCGCUGAGGACGGCUGAGCGGGCGCAGGGUCUGUGCGGCCGGCCUGCAGCCUCGCUUCCGCCUCCCGCUCCCCGCCUCCUCGCGCCGCCGCCGGCUCCUGCCCCGCUCUUGCUUGUCGUGGCCUGCGUCCCGGAGAGGCAACGCCAGCCGGCCCGGCAAGGCUCCUCCGCUGGCCCUGACUGCCCGCCGGCGGGCCGGCCUUCCUCGCCUCUCCCGGGAGCGGCGGGCGCGGCGUGGACCCGGUUUCCCCCUGGCCGGACCAUGGUGAACACCCGGAAGAGCUCUCUGCGCCUUCUCGGGUCCAAGUCUCCCGGGCCCGGGCCUGGGCCUGGGGCCGGAGCGGAGCCGGGGGCGACCGGCGGCAGCAGCCAUUUCAUCUCCUCUCGGACCCGCUCCUCCAAGACGCGCGCGGCCAGCUGCCCCGCAGCCAAGGCCGGGGGAAGCGGCGGCGCCCUGGACGAGGCCCGGAAAGCUGAAGUUGAUGGUAGCUUAAGUGAUAGCCACGUAUCUCCUCCAGCCAAACGCACUUUGAAACAGCCGGAUUCUGUUUGCAAAGACAAAUCAAAAUCACGAAGUACUGGUCAGCGAGAGGAAUGGAACAUACCAACUGGUCAGGCCAGGUUAACGUCUCAGCCUGGUGCUACACUACCAAACGGACAUAGUAGCUUGUCCCUUCGAAGCCAUCCCCUUCGAGGGGAAAAGAAAGGAGAUGGCGACCUUUCAUGUAUAAAUGGUGACAUGGAAGUCAGAAAAAGUUGUCGGUCCAGGAAAAACAGAUUUGAAAGUGUGAAUCAGAGUUUAUUAUUUGAUCAACUAGUAAAUAGUACUGCUGAAGCCGUAUUACAAGAAAUGGAUAAUAUUAAUAUCCGACGAAACCGUCGAUCAGGAGAAGUAGAAAGGCUUCGAAUGUGGACAGAUACAGAAUUUGAAAAUAUGGAUAUGUAUUCAAGAGUAAAAAGGCGGAGAAAAUCACUGAGAAGAAAUAGUUAUGGGAUACAGAAUCAUCAUGAAGUGUCUACUGAGGGCGAGGAAGAAGAAUCUCAAGAGGAGGAUGGAGACAUAGAAGUUGAAGAGGCAGAAGGAGAAGAAAAUGAUAGACCAUAUAAUUUGAGACAAAGAAAAACAGUGGAUCGAUACCAAGCACCGCCAAUAGUACCAGCUCAUCAAAAAAAGAGGGAAAACACACUGUUUGAUAUUCACAGGUCCCCAGCAAGAAGAAGCCAUAUCAGGAGGAAGAAACAUGCCAUUCACAGCAGUGAUACAACUUCUUCCGAUGAGGAACGCUUUGAAAGAAGGAAGUCAAAAAGUAUGGCAAGAGCAAGAAACAGGUGUUUACCUAUGAACUUCAGAGCAGAAGAUUUAGCUAGUGGCAUUCUCCGAGAACGAGUGAAAGUGGGUGCCAGUUUGGCUGAUGUUGAUCCGAUGAACAUUGAUAAAUCAGUGCGGUUUGAUAGCAUAGGUGGAUUGAGCCAUCAUAUACACGCUCUGAAGGAGAUGGUAGUUUUUCCACUUUUAUAUCCAGAAAUUUUUGAAAAAUUUAAAAUUCAGCCUCCAAGGGGUUGUUUGUUUUAUGGCCCUCCUGGCACAGGUAAAACCUUGGUUGCCAGAGCAUUAGCUAAUGAAUGCAGUCAAGGAGACAAAAAGGUGGCUUUUUUUAUGCGUAAAGGAGCAGAUUGCUUGAGCAAGUGGGUUGGUGAGUCUGAAAGGCAACUUAGGCUUCUUUUUGACCAGGCAUAUUUGAUGAGGCCCUCUAUAAUAUUUUUUGAUGAAAUAGAUGGAUUAGCUCCAGUUCGUUCUAGUAGACAAGAUCAGAUUCACAGCUCUAUAGUGUCAACCCUUCUUGCUCUUAUGGAUGGAUUAGAUAAUAGAGGUGAAAUUGUUGUUAUUGGUGCUACAAACAGACUUGACUCUAUAGAUCCUGCACUCAGGAGACCUGGUCGUUUUGACAGAGAAUUCCUUUUCAACCUGCCUGAUCAAAGGGCCAGAAAACACAUCUUACAGAUCCACACCAGGGACUGGAAUCCGAAACUGUCUGAUGCUUUUUUAGGAGAAUUGGCAGAAAAAUGUGUUGGCUACUGUGGAGCUGACAUCAAGGCCCUGUGUACUGAAGCUGCCCUGAUUGCCCUUCGGAGGCGUUACCCCCAGAUCUAUGCUAGCAGUCAUAAACUGCAGCUAGAUGUUUCCUCAAUAGUGCUCAGUGCCCAAGACUUUUACCAUGCGAUGCAGAACAUUGUGCCUGCUUCCCAACGUGCUGUGAUGUCUUCAGGACAGGCGCUGUCCCCCAUUAUAAGGCCAUUGCUAGAAAGAAGCUUCAACAACAUCUUAGCAGUUCUGCAGAAAGUAUUUCCUCAUGCAGAAAUUAGCCAGAGCGACAAGAAAGAAGAUAUAGAAACUCUAAUUUUAGAUGAUAGUGAAGAUGAGAAUACAUUAUCAAUUUUUGAGACGAGUUGUCACUCAGGAUCACCAAAGAAACCAUCGCCAGCUGCUGCUAUAGCUAAACCUUAUCUUCACUUUACAAUGUCACCUUAUCAUCAGCCAACCUCUUACAGGCCUCGCUUGUUACUGUCUGGAGAACGAGGUUCAGGUCAAACUUCUCACCUUGCUCCAGCACUUCUGCAUACACUAGAAAGGUUCUCUGUGCAUCGGCUCGACCUCCCAGCACUUUACUCAGUCAGUGCCAAGACACCUGAGGAAUCGUGUGCACAGAUAUUUCGAGAAGCUCGAAGAACAGUACCUAGUAUUGUUUAUAUGCCUCAUAUUGGUGACUGGUGGGAAGCUGUCAGCGAGACUGUGAGAGCAACUUUUCUGACCCUGCUACAGGACAUACCAUCUUUUUCACCUAUAUUUUUAUUGUCUACCUCUGAAACCAUGUACAGUGAGCUGCCUGAAGAGGUUAAAUGUAUCUUUAGAAUACAGUAUGAAGAGGUAUUAUAUAUUCAAAGGCCUAUUGAAGAAGAUCGAAGAAAAUUUUUCCAAGAACUUAUUCUCCAUCAGGCAUCGAUGGCACCACCACGAAGGAAGCAUACUGCUCUAUGUGCUAUGGAAGUGCUCCCGCUUGCACUACCAUCUCCUCCUCGUCAGUUAUCAGAGUCAGAAAAAAAUCGGAUGGAAGACCAGGAGGAAAAUACACUAAGAGAGUUGCGGUUGUUUCUCAGGGAUGUCACCAAGAGGCUGGCCACAGAUAAACGCUUUAACAUCUUCAGCAAACCGGUGGAUAUUGAAGAGGUUUCAGAUUAUCUUGAAGUAAUCAAAGAACCAAUGGAUUUAUCAACAGUAAUAACUAAAAUUGAUAAACAUAAUUAUCUAACGGCUAAAGAUUUCCUGCAAGAUAUUGACCUCAUCUGUAGCAAUGCUUUAGAAUACAAUCCAGACAAGGACCCUGGAGACAAAAUUAUUAGGCACAGAGCUUGUACCCUGAAGGACACUGCACAUGCCAUCAUUGCAGCUGAAUUGGACCCAGAAUUUAAUAAACUCUGUGAAGAAAUUAAGGAAGCAAGAAUAAAAAGAGGCUUAUCAGUAACAGCAGAACAAAUAACUCCUCAUGGCACUGGUGCCCGUAAGACAGAGACUAGAGUGGAAGAGGCAUUUCGGCACAAACAAAGAAACCCAAUGGAUGUCUGGCACAACUCUGCAAAUAAGUGUGCAUUUCGAGUUCGGAGGAAAUCAAGGCGGCGAUCACAGUGGGGCAAAGGAAUUAUUAAGAAAAGGAAAGUCAAUAAUUUAAAGAAAGAUGAGGAGGACACUAAAUUUCCAGACUAUGACCAUACAGAGGACAGAAAGCUACUGGAGAAUGGAGAGUUUGAGGUAAGCACUGACUGCCAUGAGGAAAAUGGAGAAGAGACUGGAGACUUAUCUAUGACCAAUGAUGAAUCUUCAUGUGACAUCAUGGAUAUGGACCAGGGUCAGAGGUUGAACAGUGGAGCAGGCACUAAAGAGAACUUUGCAUCGACUGAAGAGGAAAGUUCAAAUGAAUCUCUCCUUGUCCACAGCAGCAGUUCUCUCAAUCCUGAGCAGACAUCUAGAAAAGAGCCCUUCCUUAAAGGCAGCUGUCUAAAUGGGGAAGCCUCCACUGACAGUUUUGAAGGCAUUCCCGUUCUGGAGUGUCCGAAUGGUAAAGCUGAAAUAGUUCCUCUCUCUGGUGGUGGAGAAAAGUCUAGUUCUGAACAGAAGAUUCCUUCAGAGGAGCAGCUAAAAGACAAACCAGAAACUUUGAAUGAAAAUCAUGGAGAUGAUCCUGAGAAACUAGAAGUACUGGAAAGUAGCAGUAAUGAGAAGAUUGAACCUGGUGCUGAUGUGGAGGUUAAAGACACAGAGCUGGAUAAAGAAGGUGCUUCUAAAAUAAAGAAAUAUCGUAAAAUAAUUUUAGAGCAGGCAAAAACAACAAGCCUGGAACUGGUUCCAGAAGAGCCGUCUGAGCCUGUGCCACCUCUGGUAGUUGAUCACGAGAGACUGAAGAAAUUGCUUGAUCUGUUGGUAGAUAAAAGCAACAACUUGACAGUUGAUCAACUUGAGAGAUUAUAUUCCCUUCUUAGUCAGUGCAUCUACCGCCAUCGUAAAGAUUAUGACAAAUCACAGCUGGUGGAGGAGAUGGAAAGAACAGUUCAUAUGUUUGAGACAUUCCUAUGAACUUGUCAAGAUGAGUGGUUUAUCCUCUCCAAUCUGCUCCUGAUGAGCAGUCUUCUGAGCCAUUCACUUUCAGAUUGCACCAAUUAUGCGCAGAGCCUUGGUGUAAAGUGCUCGCUCACUCAUUCUUUCUCUGUUGAAUUUGGUGCUAUUGUCUCAGGUACCUGAAACCAACCAGCCUACAAGAACCAAACAAAACUUCAGAAACAUGUUGUAUUUUCCACAAAUAAAAAAUACAACCCCACA